GGGAGGCGCCGAGGGGGCCUCCGGCGGCUGUUUUCUGGUGGUGGUGGUGGGUCGCGGGGCCGGGAGCGGCUGCGGCCCCGUUCCUGGAAGUGGCCGCGUCCACCGGAAGGGGCGUCCGUGGGUGCCCGUGGCUCUUGAGGCGGCCAGCGCUGUUGUUUACCGGCGCGCGCUGCACUUUACCCCCGGGCGGGCGCUCGCGCGCGCCGCGGGGUCCCGGGCGCCUGCCGCCCCUCUCCGGCCCCUCGGUCCCCGGGUCGGAGCCCACCCGGCGCCCCAGCCCGCGGCCCGCCCUGGCUGUGACACAUCAGCACCGCCCUCACGGCCCGGGCCCCGUCCUGCCCUCUGCCCACUCCCAGCGUCUCCGCAGCGUCCCCCGCGCCGGGCGGCGUUUCGCCCUCCCAGCUGGGUGUGGGUCGCGCGGGUCAUCGCGUCGGAAAGGCCGAACGGUGGCCAGAGCGGGAAGAUCACCUGGUCUAACCUGCGUCUGGGGAAAUUGGUUUUGGGGAUUGGAGGUCUCAGGGCUCCCAUUGUUGGCGUUUUGCCCGCUCGUCGUAAUGGGGACUCUCACAACAUGGCAGGCUCAUGUCAUUGAAUAGAAUUGUGCGGCAUGCGUUUGUACCAUGAGCCCUCUUUCUGCGUUCAACUUGGGCGGAUUCAAGGAAAGAAACUGCCAGAGGGAGAGAGAUACAAAGGAACUUCCUUAGUUGGUUGAUGACAGUUAGAAGCAUGCUUUCCAUUGAACUUCCAGACACCAUUUGUUAUGCAGAAUGUCUCUGAGUGAGAACGCAGUUUUUGCUUAUGAAUCUUCAGUGCACAGCACCAAUGUCUUGCUUAGCCUCAAUGACCAGCGGAAGAAAGAUGUGCUGUGUGAUGUUACCAUCUUUGUAGAGGGUCAGCGAUUCCGUGCCCACCGGUCAGUGCUGGCAGCAUGCAGCAGUUAUUUUCACGCAAGAAUUGUAGGCCAGGCUGACACAGAACUUACUAUUACUCUACCAGAAGAGGUGACAGUUAAAGGAUUUGAACCUUUAAUUCAGUUUGCCUACACUGCUAAACUUAUUUUAAGUAAAGACAAUGUGGAUGAAGUAUGCAAGUGUGUAGAAUUCUUAAAUGUACACAAUAUUGAAGAGUCCUGCUUUCAGUUUCUCAAAUUUAAGUUUUUGAACUCCACUGAAGACCAGCAAGAAUGCCAAAGAAAAAAAUGCUUUUCAUCGCGUUGUCAGAAAAAAGACCUUAAAUUUUCACUUGUGGACCAGAGGGAUCUAGAAACUGAUGAAGUGGAAGAAUUUCUGGAAAAUAAAAAUGUUCAGACUCCUCAAUGUAAACUCCGUCGGUAUCAAGGGAAUGCAAAAGUGUCACCUCCUGUGCAGGACAGUGCCAGUCAGACCUAUGAAUCCAUGUGCUUAGAAAAGGAUGCUUCUUUGGCUCUGCCAUCUCUGUGCCCCAAAUACAGAAAGUUCCAAAAAGCUUUUGGAACUGACAGAGUCCGUACAGUGGAAUCCAGUGUCAAAGAUGUUCAUGCUGCUUCUGUUCAGCCAAAUGAGACGUCUGAUAAUGAAUGUCUAGGAGGAGGCCAGGACUGUGCAGAUUUACAGGUGAUUUUAAAAUGUGAAGAGAGUAAAUCAGCAGUGGAACAUGAAGAAACAAAGAUGAAAGAUCCCGCUUCUCAGUGCUCAGCCGAAAAAACGGAAGUGGCUCCUUUCCCCCACAAUUCCUCUACAGACCCUCAUGGACUCUACUCUCUGUCUCUUUUACACACAUACGACCAAUACAGUGACUUGAAUUUUGCUGGUAUGCAAAACACAGCAGUGUUAACAGAGAAGCCUUUGUCAGGUACAGAUGUUCGAGAAGAGAAAACAUUUGGUGAAAGCCAAGAUUUACGUUUGAAAUCCGACUCUGGCCCCAGAGAAGAUGGAAGCCUUGCAUCUAGUGAUCGGAGUAGUGUGGAACGAGAAGUGGCAGAACACUUAGCAAAGGGCUUCUGGAGUGACAUUUGCAACACGGACUCUCCUUGCCAAAUGCAGUUGUCACCUGCUGUGGCCAAAGAGAGCUCAGAGCAGCUCUAUUCACAGAAACGGUCUGAGUGUCCCUGGUUGGGUAUUAGGAUCAGCGAGAGCCCAGAACCAGGUCAGAGAACUUUUACAACGUUAAGUUCUGUGAACUGCCCUUUUAUAAGUACUUUGAGUACUGAAGGGUGUUCAAGCAGUUUGGAAAUUGGAAGUGAUGACUACGUUUCAGAACCCCAGCAGGAACCUUGUCCAUAUGCUUGUGUGAUUAGCUUGGGGGAUGACUCUGAGACAGACACAGAAGGAGACAGUGAAUCCUGUUCGGCCAGAGAACAAGAGUGUGAGGUUAAACUGCCAUUUAAUGCACAGCGAAUAAUUUCACUCUCUCGAAAUGAUUUUCAAUCCUUGUUGAAAAUGCAUAAGCUGACUCCAGAACAACUGGAUUGUAUCCAUGAUAUUCGAAGAAGAAGUAAAAACAGAAUUGCUGCACAGCGCUGUCGCAAGAGAAAACUUGACUGUAUUCAGAAUCUUGAAUCAGAAAUUGAGAAACUGCAAAAUGAAAAGGAGAGCUUGUUGAAGGAAAGAGAUCACAUUUUGUCAACUCUGGGUGAGACAAAGCAGAACCUAACUGGACUCUGCCAGCAAGUCUGUAAAGAAGCAGCUCUAAGUCAAGAACAAAUACAGAUACUUGCCAAGUACUCAGCCUCAGAUUGCCCACUUUCAUUUUUAAUUUCUGAAAAAGAAAAAAGUACUUCUGAUGGUGAACAUGCAUUACCAUCAAUUUUUAGCUUAUCUGAUGGGCGUCCAGCUGUGUUGCCUCCCAGUGGGAGAGUGAAUAGUGAGCCUGGUGUUGUACGGGGGCAGGAGUCUCAGCAGACUCCCACAGCCAUCUCUGAGCAAGCCGGGCUUGUGGAACAGUGUCGUCAGAGUAGUGGGAUCUCAGAUUUCUGUCAGCAGAUGACUGAUAAAUGUACAACUGAUGAGUAAAUUUGUAUUCAUUUCGUUCAGAUCAUCUAAUUUUCUGUGGAAGUUUUGGCAUUGUCUUGAAAGCCUAAUAUGGCCAUCUGUCACCAAUGUUGUUUUUUCCCCUAGUAGUUUGCCAUAAGAGAAUUUCUCUUAAGUCAACCCUGAUUUCUCCUUGAUUUCCACAGCAAUGGAGACACAGAAAUGAUUUGCCUCCAGGAUACUGAAAAAUCACAUGUGAAAAUGUAGCAGGCCUUUAAAACUCAUAUUUUAAGCAAUAACUAUAGUAAUAACUCUUCCCAGUAUUUAAAAUAUCAGUUUAACAGCUGCAAACAUCUGCAGAUAGAUUCUACCAAAGAAGUGGCUUGCAGAAGUUUAAUAAUUUGACUUUUUUUUACGAUAUACUGAUUUAAAAGAAAAUUUCACUGGAAUCAAUGUUAAUAGAAUUGUUUUAUUCAGAAAUACUGUGUCAGCUUAUUGGAAAUAUAUGUGUACAUCUGCAGUCUUGCCUGAAUGCUAGAGCUUUGCUCUUCAGCUCUAAGACCAGAGGUUGUGUGGACUUCAUUGUGACUCCUAAGCCACUCAGAGAAGAUUUAGUAAACAGGGUUGGCCUAAGGUGGGGGCUUCUGCUCCUCUUCUAUUUUAGUUGUAGAAUUUUUGGCUGCAUAACAAUAUAUAAGUGUCAUUUCCUCUCUUUUUUUCUCCCUUUAUAUAGUCUCUACCAUAUUUUUACCCAUGGUAAAUUUUCCUUUUCCUGAUAAUAAUGACUUAUGAUGGAGUUACCUGAGUAGAUGUACUGGCAGAAUUAUCAUGGGCUCCCUGGAAUUUGGGAGACCUUCCCAACAUACAGGGCUGUUUACUUUCCCAUCAUAGAUUAAGAAUGCGAGAAAACCAGGCAUCAAGGGGAAAGAAAUUGCCUACAUUUACUUGGAGUUCAGUUCAUUUUUCAUCCCACUUUUUAAAUCCUGUGGUUUACUUAUAAAAAGCAUAAUUUUAGUUAAAAGUGUAUUUAUAACAGCUCUGCCAUUUUUUGAAAAAAGGUUGAAACUAUCUUGUUGCCCUAUGAGUUUGCACUUAGAAACCAGGUUUAAUCCUUAUUGUCUUUCCCGAAUUUAAAAUUAACCUAAGCACCUGUCUCAUAAUAUUUUGCAGUACUUCUUAGCUAUUCUGGAAUUGUAGACAUGUUCAAAACUCAAAUGAAAACUAUGGAUCUGCUCAACAGUUAAAAAUAAAUUGAAUGUAGAAAUGGAGCAUCCCUAAUCUGAGAAAUCUCUGAAAUGUUCCAAAAUUUGAAACUUUUGAGUGCUGACAUGGUAACACAAGUGGAACAUCCACAGCUGACCUCAGUGUUAUGGGUCAUUGUCAAAAUGCAAGUACACUAAAAACAUUUUUUAAAAUUGCCUUCAAGCUAUGUGUAUAAGAUCUAUAUGAGAUCAUAAAUGAAUUUCAUGUUUGGACAAGGGUCUCAUCCUCAAGAUAUCUUAUAUAUAUAAGAUAUAUAUGCAAAUAUUCCAAAAUCCAAAACACUUCUGGUCCUAACCAUUUCAGAUAAGGGAUACUCAACCUAUAUUCACAUUUGUAGAAACGUUUGCAGAACCCAGUUUUAAAGUGUACAAAAUUAGUUCAUCAUGUUUGGAACAAAAAGUACUUUGUUUCUCCAAGACCAGAUACCUGAAAGAGAUAUUACUACAGACUGCAUCCUCUGUCUGUGAAGAGCCUGAGUAGCUAAACUGGGAGAUCACCACCCAUCUUAUAUGAAUGAGUCAGAAGCAAGUAGACCUUUGCUGUGAGAAUAUGUGGGGACCACUCUUAAUGUUUCAGAAUAAUCUGUCAGUUGUUAGCCUUUUUCAUCAGGGUGUGGGUAUGGAAAGAUACUGCUUAUUUUUUUAGUAGUUUGUAUGUUAUCUCUGUUAUUGACUUAGUUGUAAGAGAGACUUAGUUAGGAUUAUUUUCUGGAGACUUUCAUAAGUACACUCAAUUUUUCAGGGAAAAUAAUUCUAUGAUAAUGUAUCCCAUACUACAAAACAAUUGUAAAUAUCUGGAUGUAGAUCUAGGUAUCCUCAUUAACUUUCUUUUAUCCUUGUAGUUUGAAAUUUCAACUUCAUGAUAUAAGACAAUAUAAAACUUCUGGUUUACAAAAUGUAAAAUCUAUACAAGCCAAUAGAAUCCUUGAUUUCCUACCUCAUUGUAUCUCAGCUCUCUGUCGUAUCAGUUUGUGUAUGUGCAAAUGUCAAAUAAUUGGCUAAAUUUUAAUUGCUACUGUAAAUAUUUGCUUUGAAAGGUGGUUACUUAGUAUUUUAUGGUAAAACCUAGUUGUCUCCAGAAUUUAUAAUUUUUAAGGCACUUGGUUUAAAUUUCUCUCUACUAUAAAAAGUUUAGCAUUAAGGGUUUAUUUUAAUGAUAUCUGAUUAUUGGCCACAUGUAAUAUUUCUUAAAAUUUAGCAUUACUUUUAAUAACCAGCAUGUAAUACAAAUACCUACACUACCUCAUACCUACAUGAUUUUCAAGUUGUAAUAUAGAUGGACAGAUAAAAAAGAAUUUAUCAUUGUCUUUUGUCCACAAAGUGGGAAAGUUUUCUAUAUAUUGCAUAGCAUUACACAUUUUUGCCUAUUUUAACAUUAACUUCUAGAGACUUUUUUUCUAAGAAAAUUUCUUUCAAGGCAAUAUUUUUUCUUUGAGGCUGCCGAAGACAAAUGACAGGAUUAUGUGUAUACAGUGUAUGCCUUUUCCUUCAUGCAGAAUCUUGAAACUAUUGUUUUCAGUUUGUUUGUUGUAUAUUUACAUGAUCAUUGUUCCUUAUUUUAUGAACUGACUUUCUCAAUGCUUGAUAAUUUUUAAAUAGCUGUUAUGUCUGAGUCAGUAAAAAACAUUAUCUUAAAAUUGCUUCUCUUAUUUGCAUUCUGUAGCUAGAGCAAAAUUUUUUUAAAUUGUUAUAUUCAAAACAAAUGUGGAUAUAAUCUUGGUUCUCCAUCUGUAAGUAUUAUAACAAUUUAUGAUAGCUUAAUGCUUAACCAGUUUUGAUGCAGUAGAUGAUAUAGGUUUGCAUGUGGACACAGCCAUGUUAACAACUUGGAAAAAAAAAACAACAGAUGGCAAUGUUAAAAUGAAUUCUCAGGUGAACUUAUUUUCAGUUCUGGAACAUCUAUUUUGAAUUUGUAAAUAUUUUAAAUGUUUUAUUAAGGCAUGUAAUAAACUAUUCUUGAAACCUGUUGGGUAGAAUGAAAAUUUAAAGCCAUAAUGGUAAAAGAUGGCAUUACUGAUUGUAAAAUAAAUAAAUAACAUUAUUGAUUUUUUGUAUCUUUCAUAAAAUAAUUUUCUAACAAUGCAAUAAAACCACUAAAGUUGUAUAUUCAUAUCCUGUUAAGACCAUGUUUCAUUGAAAGUAUACCUUCAUACUAUUUAAUUUACAUUUUCUUCCUAAUUUGCUUAGUAGCAAAACUGUUAGAUGUUGGUCGUAAAUUGACAGUUAAAUAAAAUUCUCUUAAAAUUGCUUCUAAUUGAA